UUUCUGAUGUUUCCAAAGCAAUGCCCGAAUCUCAAACAUGGAGGCUGGAGUUGAUGCUGUGUCCUCUGACCUCGGGCUUCUUUAUGAGUUAUGACUUCUAUCCGAGUAAGAGCGCAUAUAGGAAGGAAUUACAAAGUGUUAUGGGCGAGAAGAAUAAUGUGACAUUGCCACAAGUUUUUAUAAAAGGGAAAUAUAUUGGAGGAGCUGAAGUGAUAAAGCAAUUGAAUGAAAUUGGUGAAUUGCCAAAGUUAUUAAGAGGUAUUCCUUUAAGGCCAAUUGGAUAUAUUUGUGAAGGUUGUGGGGAUGUAAGGUUUUUGCCUUGCUCAAAUUGUGAUGGCAGCAGGAAAUUUUUUGAUGAAGAUGAAGGACAAGUUAGAAGGUGUCAACUUUGUAAUGAGAAUGGACUGGUUCGAUGCUCUCUUUGUUGUUCUUGAUCUGUAUAAUUUGUAAGUUGUAUUUUACAUUUUCGUAUUAGCCUGCUGCCUUAUAGUUGUUAGUUCGUGAGGCAAAGGCGAAUCCAGAAUUUUAAAUGAGCGUGAGGUAAACUCUUUUGUGUCAAUGGGUGCAGUUAAAUAAGUAUAAAUAAACUUUUGAAAUUAUAUAGCUAUAUGACAGUAGUACUCUGAGAGUGAAAUGAAGGGGGUGGUUAGUGGUUUCUCAUCUCUUGUUUAUCAAGAGGUUAUGAUGUUCUUAUGGUGUUCAUGAGUUCAAUUAGUUUAAAAGCAAAUCAUACUUUCAA